AGGAGGAGGAUUCCUAAAGCACAUCAGGCCGUCUCUUUCUUUGGUUCAAAACCACGCGUCGGAGUUCUGCAUCAAAGAUGUCUUGGAAAUGACCCACUCCUGGCCACCUCCCUUGACAGCGAUCCAUACGCCUAGUAGUACAGCCGAGCCUUCCAAAUUUCCGUUCCCGACAAAGGAUUCGCAGUUUGUUGAAUCCGUAGCACAGACUCACAAACAGUAUGACGCACCUUCAAAAACGUUGCCUAGUUCUCAACCAGGAACAUCAAUGCUCCACGACGACCUGCAGCUCAGUGAUAGUGAAGAGAGCAGUGACGAACAAGUUGUUGAAAAGUCACCUUCUUCACUUGCUCCUCCAAGUGCGCUACAGUCCCAGCCCAAGAGUGUGGCAUCAGCACAUUCCAGCAGCUGGAAGUCAGGGAGCACCAGUGACUCAGACAGCUCUUCAGACUCAGAGACAGAGAGCAGCUCAAGUGCCAGUGAAGCAAACGACCCUCCAACAGCAUCAGCACCUGAGCCUGACCCACCAAUUUCUAACAAGUGGCAGCUUGACAACUGGCUAAACAAGGUGAACCCACCGGCAGUGCCAGCAGAGAGUCUCAGUGACAUCGCCCACGAGGAUGGGCGUGAGAAGGGCAAGGAGCAGGGGCAGGGCGUCAGCAGCAGCUCCUCACACCGGGAGCCGCAGGAGCCUCAUCGUAAGUGCUGCAGCCCAGCAGCCAGGGCUCCUCAGGAUGCGCAUCUUCUGUCCAAACGCCACUGCCAGACGUCUCCUGUGCGCGCUGAGGAGCCCUCCCCCAGGCAGACCGUGGGUAGCAAAAGGCCCGGCAAGGCCCCGGUGCACGAGGGGCCGAGGCGAGGCCUGGAGGUGGAGAGUAGCGACCCUGGUGCUUUCAGGGUCAGAGACCGGUCUUCCAGAGACAAGCCAAAAGUCAAAACGAAAGGGAAGCCGAAAUGCAGCAUCACAGAAGACCUGAAGCCAGCCCUGCAAGAGCACUCAGAGAAGAAAAGGCACAAGAGCUCCCACCAGGCCAGCGCCAAACCUGCCUCGGACCCUAAGCCUGUGAGAGACGUUUUGCUUGGCAGUAGCCAGGAGCCUCUCGCUCUCAGUCCCCUUCCUCAAGGCCAGGGCACAAGCCCCACCAGCACUAGCAGCUACAAGGCUGCCAUCGUGGCCAGAGAGGAUUUUCAGGAGGAGAAACUUCCCUUGCCUGUCGAGGAGAAGUUGCUCUCACCAGUAACCGACUCCCCUGCCUGUGAGCCCCUCAUAGUGAAAAUCCAUCUCCCUCUCCUGUCAAGGGUCCCCCAGCCACCUCGGAAAGGGAGUUGCAAGAAGAGAGCAGAGGCCAAGGAAUUCCCUGGUGUAAAGAAGCAGGACUUGGAGAGUAAAACUAUGGACACUGUGGACAAGUGUCUUCAAAAGAGGAAGAGAGAAGUGGAGAAGGAUAUUGGUAGAAAGAAAAUGAAAUCAGAAAAAGGAACAAAAGCUGUGCAGUCUCCAGCUAAUAAAGAUUCUCAUAAAUUGAAAGCACCAAAAGCCUCAUGUGAAAACCAGAAGAAAGAUGUCUUGUUACCCGCACCACUGUCACCAAUGUCUGCUGCACAUCCUUCACCAAAGUUAAACAAGAAGGCCCAAAAGAGACUCGUGAGUGAGAGCGGCGAGCUGCCUCCGACAGAUAACACUGCCAGGAACAAGAGCAACCACAAGGAUCCUUUAUUCUCCAAGCACAAGAAAGUGGAGAGAAAUCAUGCUGAGCUGUUGAGGGAUGUCAAAGGAUCUGCGGGGAAUGUCACAAAUCCUUUCCCAGAACCUUCAUUGCCAAAUGGUGCCUCCAAGCCAAGGAGACCUCUCCUCAAGCUUGAAAAACAGCAUCCAAUUGAGUACUACAUGGAAGAGGCCAAGAAGCUGAAGCACAAAGCUGAUGCAAUGACUGACAAAACUGGAAAGGCCUUUCAGUACCUAGAUGCUGCUCUUUCCUUCAUUGAAUAUGGGAUUGCCUUGGAAUCGGAUUCAUCAGCACCAAAAUCAGCCUACAGCAUUUUCAGUGACACCAUAGAUCUCCUCAAAUUCAUCAUGACAUUGAAAUCCUUCAUGGACUCCUCAGCAUCUGCACGUGAAAAAGUCUUUGCCGUGUUAUGCAUGCGCUGCCAGUCCAUUCUGCACAUGGCAAUGUUCCAGUACAAAAAAGACACUGCGAUGAAGUAUUCCAGGGUCCUGAAUGAACACUUCAAGAAUUCUUCCAGAGCAACUCAAGCACGUUCUCCAUGUGUUGCAAGAAGCACAGACAUGCCUUCUCCUCUUUCUCCAAUGCCCUCUCCUGCUGGUUCUGUGAGUUCUCAGCCAGGAUCGAAUGCUGGCAACUGCAGCGGCAACAACGUUGGCUCUUCAGUUACUGUCCCCUCUAACAUCCCAAGCAUCACCUCUUCUUACAUCAACAUCACUUCCUAUAUCCUCUAUGCCUGUGAUAUUUGGGAACAUGCUGAUGCAGUGUCCAGAAAAAAUAAGGAGUUUUUUGAUGAACUCAGCACAGCGACGUGCACUCUGGCACUGAACAGCAGCCUGACCCAACUGGUGCACUACGUCAGACGGGGUUUACAGUGGCUGAGACUGGAAACAAAUACGCCUUAA